AUGCGCCCAAAAAUUGUGGAGGAAAAUAUUGUAAACUUUAAUGCUGUAAGCAAGGAUGCCGUAGCAAGGUUUGUCAAACUAAACGACGCUUGCAAGUUAGAUCACAUUCCUGACUUGGAAAAGGAAUUGAAUCGAUGGUCUUUAGAAGGUAAUCUUACCAUUGACUUCACUUAAAUAGAUAACGAUUAACCAGACGUAGUUAAUUGAUAAACCGAUAAUCGAUAAUAAUCGAUAGUAAUCGAUGUCAAUCAUCGAUGAAUAUCGAUUUCCGAUAUCGAUCGGUAGAAAUCGAUAAGGAAAAAAGUUGUGACUUCGAUUAAUAUCGAUGAUUUUCAGAUAGAAGUUGAUGAUUCUUUAUCGAUUGCUAUCGAUUCCUUUCGAUUGUUAUCGAUUUUGUUAAUCGAUCAUAAUCGAAAAAAUAUUUUUCUGCGACUUCGAUUUCUAUCGAUUUCCGAUAUCGAUUUUUAUCGAUUAACUACGUCCGGCGAUUAAUCAUUCUCUAUCGAGGGCCCUGUGAGCUGGGAGGCCCAAAAUUCUAUUUCCAAGCCGAAGUUUUGCCAAAAUUUUUAGUCCUAAGCUCAAGGAAUAGCACAGCCGGCUAAUGAUCUGAGGCCCUUCUGUGUGGGAGGAUUCGAGUUGGAUUUCUAGGUGUGACCUUAAAUCCUUGUUUCGACGUUUUCUUUUCCCAUGAAUGGCCUAGUUCCUGAGUGAGCUUCCUGAUUGCUCGGGACUGAAUGGAAGCGCCAUAUCACCGCGCGGCCAAAACUCUUGAGCCGGCUUUGUGAGGGGAACCAUAAAAAGCCCUCCGUUUUCCCCUGUGCACCCGCCUCGUUAUUAUUCUUGUUAACCAUUGCAGGUAUUGGUACAUUAGCAUUUGAUACUCGUCUUGGAUUGUAUGAAGACCCUCCGCCUCAGUCAGCACUGGAAUUCACAAAUGCCGUGAAUAACUUCUUCGAACUUGCCCAACAGCUUCUGUUCAAUAUAUUUAGCAGAAUUGCUCGCCCUUACAUAGACACGCCGACUUUUAAGAAGUUCCUUAUCAAUGCUGACGCCUUGUUUGAAAUCGGGCAAGUUUUUGUUGACAACAAGAUGAGGGAACUGAAUAUGAUGGCAGAGAAGGGAAUUGAUCCGAGUAACGCCCAAGGUGCGUAAACAAUAUACUAAGGGCAGGUUAUUCAACCGGUUUUCCAUAUACUCCGCUACGAAGACUGAAAUCACUGCACAAUAAACUUAGCGGUGACUGACCGGCAACUAUCGCUAAGAUAGAAUUUAGUAAUCUCAGCGAUCAUAUACAUGGAAUCCGCUUUCCACAAAAUGAAUUGCCGUAUUGGUUUUUUUUGGAAAGAAGCGCACCCGUUGGGCUCAGUGCAGCAUAUUUCUUUAGACUACAAGGUGGACUAAAGUUUGAUGACGAUACAUGUACAGAGCUUGAAAGCAAUCAACAAUUCAGUUCUGUUUUUGGUGGUUUGUACCAGUUUGCAGCUUUUUUGUCCAUUCAACUCACCAAAACGUAAUAACAUUGUAGCGGUUCUACUUUAUUUCUGCUCUUUAAUGAAACAAGCGUGCACAGUUAUUGAUGAUAGACAUGUUAUCAUUCUAGAAAGGGAAUAACUAGAAUGUGACUAUAUAUAUCUAGUCGCUCGACCCGUUUAAUUACGGAAUUAGCGGAAUGAGGUUCAUUUCUUCUCGUCUCGGUAAUAGGGAGUUUCGGUUAGACUGCGAGCAGUCUCUUAUUUUUCUUUUGAGACACGGUAGAAUGCGAGCACGAGAAACGAGGGAACGCGCGAGGGGCGGGCGGCGAGAAACGAGGGCGGAGCCUGAGGAAAGAAGGCUAACCUGUCUAUCAGGUCUUUAUGAUGUCAAAAAAAGAAAAAUAGAAAGGCUUAAACGUCUGGAAAGGAUCCGUUAGUAAAGUUUAAUUAGGGAGGUUAAGCAACGACGACGGCGACGGCAACGAGAACGUCAAGUUUAGAUCGGUGAAAACAACAACUUUUCCCGUGCAUCACGCUUUUUUGUAUAGUACAUUCGUCACUGCACGACAACGACGUGAACGUUCCUAAUUUCACCUUUUAUGGAGGACGAGAACACAAGACAACGAUUUUCUUUUUCUUACUUAGCCAUAGUCGUUUGGUUUAGAAUUGAACUCCUGAAAAAAUCGCCAACAUUUGACAAAUUAAAAGUCGAGUUGGAAUAAGAGCGAUGAAGAUUGAAACAUCGCAAAUUCACUUUUUGGGUGACGUUGCUUUAGCUUCCCAAUAUCUACCUGCAAUGUGAAAAUCCCUCUCAUAACACCUCAUAAAUAGUUUAUUAAGUCAGAUUUCGUUUAAUACCUGGCCAUAAAUAUUAAUGGCUGUGUGAAUCAACUGUUACCCUGGGUUCCAGAGGAUAUUUUUUUCUUAUCGGAUGCGGUUUUUUUCAUAUUAGGUAUUUUGAGAACAGGCCUCUGGAGCCAGGGCAAUCCACUAUUUGUUCUUACUUUCCUUCUCCUUAUCAGUUAAGAUACAAUGAAUUUUGUCGUACUUCUUCUUUAGUUGUUCCACUACUGGCAUAUUUACUCAUGAAGGAAGACCUUACUCCCGAGGAGGUUAACGGACAUGCAAUUGAUAUUGUUACUGGCGGUGUUGACACAGUAAGAUAACUGGAGUUUGAAAGCCGAGUUAGCAAAAAAAUUAAUUCAUUCGAUUACUUGGCAAUUUAGAACAAUAAAAAUUUACUCAAAGGCCGAUUAAAAGCCUUUAUCUGACCUCAGGAGGUACGUUAGUGGUCCCUAGAAGCAUUUCACUGAGCCCAAAUUUAAUCUGACUCCGUGAAGCUUCAAGCUGGUGUCGUUUCAGUCUAGAAAUUUUCAAGUCGAGUGAAUUGCAGUCAAAAGUGCCUGGUUAAGGCUGGGUUAAGGCUUACAAAACAACUUAAAUAGCUAGCAAAACACUACUAUUUUAUCGGGCCGAUAAAUGACAGAAUUUUUCAUGGAAUAGCUACAAUAAACAUUGAAACAUAGCACACAAAUUGUCACCUCUGAUCCCCUCAAGCAGGCCUAUGGAUAGACUGCGAGCAGUCCCUUAUUUUCAGAUUUAGUGAGGGGCUCAGUCACGCGCGUGUCUCGCGCGUUUAGCUCAGUGGACCAAGAAAAAAAGAGACUGCUCGUAGUCUAGCUUAUGGAUCAAAGCCAAGUACCCGCUGAUCCAAUUUUCUUAAUUGGAGGAUUUUUUUUCUAAGGCACAGUCACCUACACAUGUAAGCUAACACCGACAAAGCGUUUUUAUGCCUGGUACAAGGCAAUCGAGCCUAUAACGUACCUUUCUGUUUCAGCCCUGAUCGGAUCGGUUUAUCCAAAUGAAACGACACUACGGUAAGAUAUUGGGCGAUGCAGUCUGUACGAAUUGUAUUAACUUUGUCCCAUCUUAGAGCGUUACAUGAUGCUCUCCGGAAAACUUUUCUGAAAGUGACCAAUUACGAAAUAUAAACUGCUAAGCGGUAAUGAAACAGUAAGAUUCCAUCUUGCGCAGAUGGAAAAAAUUAAAGUAUUUUUUUUGCCUCUUUCCCGUGCAGACAUCGAACGCUACUUUCUGGUGGUUGUAUAACUUGGCGCGAUUUCCUACCGUCCAAGAAAAAGUUUACCAAGAAAUAAGAAGUGUUUUGGGGAACGAUGGGGACGUGACACCUCAGCAUCUCUCUAAACUGCGUUAUCUUAAGGCGUGUCUUAAGGAGUCCAUGAGGUAAAACUAUGAAAAGAAGAUAAAUUCUACUAUUACAUUUUUCGUACUUAAUGUAAUCGGGGUUUGGGGGCGUCAGGACAAGGGUGGAAGCCAUGUAUUUUUUUUCCUCUAAAAAAUAGAUAUAUAGCAAAAAACAAUGAUUUUCCUUGUCCAAUUCUUUUCCCACAAUACCGCAAAAUUCCGAAAAUACGCCCCGUUUUUCCCGCCAAAAAGGAUCGUGCUUUAAACAGGGUGUGUAAAAAAGAAAAUAAUUCUGCCUUCGUAUUCUUGCUACUUUUUAGACUGACUCCAAGUACCACAGCCAAUGUCAGGUUUUUGGAUGAGGAUGUGGUUUUAUCGGGAUACCACGUUCCAGCUCAAGUAAGUGGUAGGACCGUCCAGCCCGACAUUUAAGAGUAGGGAACCAAGGGUGGGUACUCCCACAAAUUUCGGAUGAGUUUGUACCGUAUGGGGUCUUAAACCCAGACCCCAUUAGCAUGGAUCUCUACAUAUUGAUCUUGUGCCCCUUUCUGAGUAUUUCUUUCACAACGACAGUCCAAUAUGACUUAAUCAUACAGUUUGGCUGGGACUAGAGAGUGGGGACAUUUGUGUUGGUUUCGCAGAGGUUUGGGCCCUGCGUUCUUCGUCCCAUGGUCAAUGUGUAGGAUAAGAAACACCCAAGUUAGAAACCUUUCUUUUAAAGUUCUCAUCAUUAUAAAUGACUUUUAACAGACUUUUGUCUCGAUGGAGUUAUAUGCAACGACACGCUUAGACAAGUACUUCAAAGAUCCUUUGGAGUUUAAACCGGAGCGCUGGCUAAGAGGGACUAAAGAUGUUCAUUCUUUUUCUCAUCUGCAGUUUGGAUUUGGGCCUCGUAUGUGUGUUGGUAAGAAGAGACGUUAUUCGAUGUAUGUUGGUUCGGUAACUGUGAGGGUGAUGUAAUUAAACUUGGAUCGAUACAGUGACUCAUGUCCUCGUGAGGCACUCACACGAAUAUUCUCAUUUUAAGUCUCAGAAUAUACUAUGUAAUAAUAUAGUAAGUUUAAUGUUUUUUUUUUAAAUUUUGGUCUAGACAUGUUCCGUUUUUUUGAGCACAUGCUGAACGGAAGAAUUACGAAAUCCUUUUGAUUGCGACCGCUCACCAACGUUUUGACACGAAAGUCAAAUGCCCGACUGGGCGGGCCUCAUUUUGGGUCAAAAUCCCCACUGUACGGAGGUAAACUCCAGUCAAAUGCCCGAGAUAUGCCCGGGGGGAGAUAGGCGGUUUUGGAACUGACUAGUACAUUAUACACUUAAUGUCAGAUCUCAAGGGAAACAGUUAGUUUUGUUUUCCCGUGAGUCCUGAUGUUUCCCGAGACGAUUUACGAGACGAUUUUUUUUUGCUCGUGAUUUACAAGCUUUUCUCGUGUUCUCCCAACAUCCCGCGUGGGUUAUCACGCCGGUAAACCCAUCGAAAGUGCGGUCUUUUGUUUAAAUAGACAAUAGAAAUGACGCCGUAAAAUGUUCAAAACUUUGCAGUGAAACCACGAGCCGCAGGCGAGUGGUUCCACUUGAGUUUUGAACAUUUUAUGACGUCAUUUCUAAGGUUUAUAAGAGUGUAAACCAUGAAAAAUUGUGGUCGAUUUGUUAAGUACACACUAAUCACUUAGUCGCAUUAUCACAGCUAAUCAAAGGCACAUUGGAAUAAUGCUGAAAAUGAUGCAAAAUUUUUAAAAAUUGUGGAGAUGUACUAGGGCUAAUGGCAAGCAAUGGGGAUGCAUAGUUUUUUUUAAAAAAAAAAGCACCACAAAUGAAACUUUGUCCCAAUUUGUCCACACAAUUGCAGAAAAAUUAAGCAGUUAGCUGGCUGAAUCAAUGUCCUUUGGUAAGAUUAUGAUUUUGAUUUUGUUGUUGUUGUUGUUAGGUCGGGGGAGGGGGCUUGUUUUCAGCCAUACAGGAUGCUGAGACUGCAGUAUUAAAGCAUGAUCUGCACUUUUCUUGUAGGUCGUCGUGUGGCUGAGUUAGGGAUGUACGUGCUAAUGUGCAGGGUCAGUACUGUUAUAUCUGGAAACGUUGUACAUCUCUUCAGAAAAUGAGACUGUUACCCACCCCUCUGCAUGUUUUUCUUUCCCCUUUCAAUCAUCCUACUCCCCCUCCUCCCCUCCUCCCCUCCACUGUCCUCCUCGUCCUCGUCCUUCUCCUCCAUCUCGUCCUCUUCCGCCAUCCUCCUCCUCCUCUUUCCUAGUUCUCCUCCCCUCUUCCACCUUUCCUCUUUUCUUACUUUUUAUCUCUCUUUAUUGCAGUUACUUCAGAGAUUUCGCUUCGAGUAUCACCACGAGCCACUAGAAAUACGUCAAAAGAUGCUUACUGUUCCCGACAAACCGGUCAAAAUCAAGUUUAUCGAACGUUUUUGAGAACGUUACAAGGGAAUGGUUCUACAGCUUCUUACAACACCCUUUUUAGAAUCUGAUUCAGACCGGAAAGGGUUUUUGAGGCCCCCUCGGCUUAAAUUUAAACAACUUUUACACCGUUCAAGUUCGCCCAUGCUCUUGGUGCCUCGUGGCACAUAGGGCCUCAAACCAUUAUGGUCACCAAACUUAGAGACUUUUAUUUAGAAAUAUUUUUUAAGUCUUCGAGAUGUGUACAUCAAAUAUUGACCUUAUCCUGGCAACCGAAAUUGGCUCCCAUGUUUCCCAUAAAAUAUUCACAUUUUCAAUAAAAACAACAACAACAAAAAAACGUUUUCCAUCUAGCUAUGCCAUUUGUAAGCAGGAUAAAUUUAUUUAAUUUAUUCAAAAUGGCGGAUGAUUCAAGUUCCUUCCUAUAUUGUAAGCGACUGACGUCAUCGACGUCAUUGUUAUUAUCAAAAUUAAUCAGUGUGAUAGCCAACUCAUGAUUUUAUCAGACACAUCCCUGGUUAGUGUUUUUGUUUCGGAGGGAAGAAUGAUGAGAUGUGGGUUCCGCCCACAAAUGUAAAAGCAUGCCGUCCUCAUUACGUCCCAUUACCUCAUCGUGUCUUUCACAUACCUAAAAAAAAACGAGUACACCUACUGAGUGUAAAUUUGGCAGCAUCAUCAAUAGUUUUAACAUUUCUCCCUACAUCAGGAGCUCUGAAAAGGCCUGCUAUGAGUAAGGUUAAUGACUGUGAACAGCAAGACAAAUAUGCUGAUACCAACGAAAAAAUUUUGAGGCAAGUGAACGUUGUGCGAUGGCAAAGGUUCGAUUGGAAUUACAUGUUUUUUUUCACAACUUUCAGCCUUCUUUCCUAUGUUUUAAGUUGUACACUGGCGAUAUGUUAUUUUGAGCGAGAACUGUGUUGGAGUUUUUCGCUAUUAAGUCAUUUCGCCAUUUUUUUUUUCAAUGGCGAAAAAUCCUACUUUGACUGCCGUAAAAGUUACAGUGCAAAUAGAGGACAUUUCAAGUUUUGUUCAAUCAAAUAAAUGUAAGAAACUCACCAAGUGCGUCUCCGAAAGUUCUUGUCUUGUUCGGUGGAGUUUAAACGUUUUAGACUUUGUUCAAAGUCCUUGACAUCCGCUUUCAUAAGAUGAAAAGAGUCGUUAAUUUUAUCAAUACUACAUGUACGCCCAUUCAUAAUGUACCUUUGGGACUUGUGUAUGGUCAACUUAUGUGAUCAGCAGCUAUGCAAAUUUUUGGAACAAAAGAAAGUUUUUGCACAAGAGAAUUAAAAGAGUUCGCUUCCCUCGGAAGGCGAAAUCCCGAGGAGGCAUCCUAGUAUAGCUCGCGCGUGUAUGUAGAAAAGUACUUACAGUUGAAAUAUACAGUCAGCAUACCAGAAAAAAUCUCGAUUUGCUUGAUCAGGUGCCGCAUGGAAUCGUUGGGUAGUGAUGGCGUUUCUAUUUUUCACGCCUGCAAGUAAGAGAUGGUUAGGAUGACGUAAAACAGAAAAUCUUCGAAGGGAUCGCUUAGGUUGAUUUCACUAAUUGUACAGCUAUACUUCGAUACUCUUUUGCGCGACGUAUUAUCAGUUUUGAAAGUUAUGGACCAAAAAGACACUCGUUAAGCGCAGAUAAAGUUAUAAGGUGCGUAUAACUGUGUAUAUAUAAACAUUUGGAGAGUUUACCACUGAGACACGAGUUUAUCAUUCACAAAUCUUUGGUUGGAAAAAAUUUGCCAGACACCCUUUUUCUCUCUUUGGGGGAAUAAGACUUAGUCCACAAAGACGAGUGAAUCAACGGCUAGCUUAUCACUAGCAGAACUAUGAACGAUUACAGUAAUUCGCCGACAAUUAAAUUCUGUGCUUACGCAUUCCCUUCUCACAGAUGUCCUUCUGUAAAGUUUUUUCUAAAUUAUUGUCUUUAUAGUUAAAAAAAUGACUAGAACGCGUAAGCGUGAAUUGAUCAAACCUUUAAAUUUUUAAGACUCCGGCUAAUAAAUGAACUGUAUGUAAAAAGCGAAGGACAAAUAGCAAAAAAUUCCAACGUCCAAUCAGAUCUUCUCUUAAGGGUUAGAAUAAAAUAUUCUCGAAACUGAGAAUGUUUUGAUCAAAGAUGGGAAAAUCAAACCGAAUCAGUGCAUGGAACCUUGCGUUUCCUGUUUUUAUUUCACUUAUUAUAUUGUAUGGAAUAUAUGUGUGAACAUCUUCAUUAUGAAUGGGUAUAUUUCAAAGAGCUACACAACGACCAAGGAUACAAUUGACCGACAAUAUAUAGAGCAGGGGCAGCUGUAGUGUCAACUACUUCGAGUAGUGUUUUAACCAACGGACUUAAGCUGCCGGUCUGAGCUGCGGCGCGGUUUAUAUAGUAAUAUAAAAAGCCUCUUUAAUAUUUGUGGUUUAAUCUUAAUUCUCCUCAACUUCCAAGGUAUCUUAUCUUAAGUUAAUCACUUUACACACACCAAUGCCAACGACCGCGAACACAAUAAUUAGGCAUUUAUUGACAUUAUUGACAACGAGUUAGCAAAUACAUCUGCUUGUAGUCCUCGAAACACGGUGAACUGGUGCACUGCUCAAGUAUAUGACGCAGGAGUAUUUAAGAAGACUUAUUCAUGGCCUAGAUCUGUAAGGAUUCUGACCGAAUUAAAACCAGAAUCAAAAAACAGAAAACAGAAUUACAGAACCCAAAAAGUUAGACAUCACACGUAAAAAAAAGGGUUCCAUGAUAAAUCUUGUCUAGGUACAACAAUAAAAGUUUCAUGAUAUGAACUGGCAGCUUCUUGGUGUUUUUAACCUUUACUGAUGUGAGUUCGGUCUUUCUAGUCGACCUUAUUAAAAAAGUGAUAUUCACCUUAGUACAAUAUUCCAUAAUUGUAGUAAAAACAUUUUAGCGGAGCUCCACGCGCGCGCUUUGCUAAGAUAAUCAACCCAUCCGAGAAAAUUUAGUAAUCACUUGACCGUACACCGAGCGACCGUUCGUCCACACCACAGGGCAACCAAUGUUUAAUCUCACACUCUCUAGCUAGUUUGGGAGCCAAGGAGCAACCUGAUACUGCUUUCAUAUUUCCUCAUAUUGCACAUAAACGUUGUUAUCACUUGACAGCUGUCAAAACAGGGUAUCCGCCAACCAGUAUCACCUGACCGUAUCGCGGGCUCAGAAAUCGACCCAACGAGGUUGAGUUUUCUUGAAGUUAUCCGCCUUUUUAAAAUUCAUAUGAAAUAAGUCGUGUUUAUGUGCCGCACUAUUGAAAUUUUGAUUUCAGACUGACCUUGGAAGGAGCUCGGAAGCGAAAAUUCAGCCUGAAAGGCAGGGAAUACAGUUGCAUUUGACUUUUCUCACCAUGGUUACGCGUUUGUCACGCUCUACGUCUAAUUUUUAUGCUCUGAUUGGUCAAAAUUUGACAGGCGAGUUCAUGAUUUGUGGAUUACAAGUUUAUUGUCUGAUUUGAAUAAUAAAUUUAUUAAUGGGAGCUUCGCUUUUAGCCCUAGCUAUGUUUAUUACUUAAGCAAGUACAAAGAAAUGCAAAGAAAUCUUGUCAGGGGCGGAUCCAGGAUUUUUUUUAGGAGCGGGUGCACUCGUCUCUUGCUCUACUUCAACACCAAUAAACCACAUAGUUUUUUUCUUUGCAGAAUACCAGUUGUAUUAGGAAACCGCAGGUCAUCUCAGGAGUUGGGGGGGGGGGUGCGCACCCCCUGCACCCUCCCCCUAGAUCCGCCCCUGCUUGUGACCCCUCUUGUGGCGUUAUAAUUUUUUUUGCUUUUGACACAAAACCAGAUAGGUACUUCAUAUAUGACCUACCCAAGUCAAUAGAAUUGACCGCACGCAAGGUUUUUGCAGGCUCAACAUGACCUUCUUGACAUUCAUUCCGAUAAGUCUUCUCUGGAGUUCUAAUGAACCUGCGACAUCCCACUAAAUUCUAAACUAAAUGUUGUCCCCAAGGAUCGCUUUUCGCAGGGAUAUCCUCGAUUUUACAAAACCUUAUCGUAAACCUUUAACGCUGUCCUGGAGGUCACAGAGAUCAGAGCCGAAACGGGUAGAAAGCCCAGAAAGGUUCGAUGGAGUACGAUCUUACCGAGUAAUUCCAGAACCCAAUGGCUUGAAGUUCAUGUACGAUCUUUGUACAAAGACCGAGGGCUUUACCAAAGCUUACAAACUAACGGAGCGCUUGUUUCACGAGCUUGGUCCAAUUUACAAAGAAAAUUUGAUGCUUUGGCCGAUCGCGGCUGUGCACGUUCAAGAGCCAGACGAUUUUGAGAAGGUUUUUAGGGCAGAAGGAAAAUAUCCGCGUAGGCUGAUGUUUGAUUUUAUGGUCGAGCACCGCAAACGAAGGAACCAUUUCCCUGGCAUAAUUCAAGUGUAAGUAAACCAAUAACUAAUGAUUGUUUGUAAAAAAAAUAAUAAUUUGAAGUUAUAAUGUUACAUGUGGCUAAAUGCCCGGCAGUCAGAAGAUUUUCUACAAUUUCUGCAAAAUCCCUGUUUCUAAUCGUUUGAAAGUAUUCUAUCUUCUUUUAGAAUUACCAAGCGAUCAGGAAAACAAGAACGGCUUUGCAGCUGAGCGGUUGUGGUUUUUUGGUCAUAGAGUAGAGUCGACGCUGAAAAAAUUCGUGAAGCAUUGCGUGACUCACUGGCACGUUUUCAUCCAAGCUAAAUACCCGUAGCAGUCUGCUUUAUUACACCGUAUGUUUAGCCGUUUAUUGAACCCUUCGUACCUGCUUGGCUACUCUGAAGGUCGAUGAAAUACUUUCAAUGAGGGCUAAAGAGACACUUAAUGUUUAAAUUCCCUCGACAAAUCGGAUUGCCGGCCAUUUAAACUAAGGAGGAACCGUGCCUUUGAGUCAACCACCACAUAGACUAUGCCUACUCAAAACUGAGUGAUACUUAACCUCUGGUUAAGAAACUCUGUUUUUUCUCGUUACUGGCCAAUUCUAAACCAUUACAGAAUAUUUUGAGGAGAAUCAGAGGAACGCUUUCCCAAGAUUCAGCAGCACCACCAGUUUAUCAAGCUGUUCAAGUAAGGCGUCUCGAUCGAGGUUGCGAAGUAAAGUUUCAAAGUCAAGGCACUCUCUCUCCGAUUGUUUUGGGAAACUAAUCGAGGCUAGGUGCAUUUAUUCUGGAGCUUAAGAGAAGGCUUUUUAAUUUCCCAGCUCCGCUUUGAGGUUUGCGGGUAUUUUAUAGCCUGUAUGAAAUCGUGCCUGUGAGUCACGCACUUCUACUCACGAAAUUUUUUCUAGUCUAUGACUCUACUCCAUGCCCAAGAAACCACAACCGCUCAACUGCGAAGCCAGUUUUGUUUUCCUGAUCGCUUGGUUAUUCUAAAUAAAGAUGGAAUGCUUUCAAACGAUUAGAAAAAGGGAUUUUGCAGAAAUUCUAGAAAAUCUUCUGACUGUCGUAAAUGCCGAAGGGUCGUUCUUCACGAUAUCACAGUUUUAAACAAAAACAGGGUUUAUUUCACAGCUUCAAUCCUCAAAGUACAAUGGCUCGCUCACACAGUACACAAAAUAGUGACUUCUGUGAAUCUAGAAACUUUAGUUUUUAAUCCGAUCUGUCAUCAAAUUUUCUGUCGGUCUGACAGACGAGUGAAACUAUUAGUAACAAAAUCUAAAAGGAAUAAAAUCAGACCAUCUCACAAUCACGCUACACGCUUGUUUCAUAACAUGACUGCCGGGCAUUUAGCCUCAUGUAAUAUUAUAACUUCGAAUUAUAUAACUUAAUAAGUUUUUGUAAGAUCCUUCCCGGCUGCCAAGUAAUAAUAGCCACAGCGAUAAUGCUCAACAGCAGCGGCGCGUUGACUCCACAAGAAAAAUGAGCUCAAAGAAAUACUUCUGAUCCCUUCUUGAGUUAAGCACCCUUUUACUGCUAGAGCCAGUUCUGGCCGGAAUCAUCAUGUUUGAUGUGUAAUCAGUCAAACAUUUAAAUAAACGGGACCAUUCAGGCAGAAACGACUCUUUGUUCUUUACUUUUCGUUUUCUUUUUACAUUGGAAGUAAAUUUUUAAGUCGAUCUCAUCUAAACCCCAUCCUUUUAGCUCUUGAAGACCUCGCGACAAAGUCAAUUGCAAACAUACAUCAAUUACAUGUAUAAAUACUCAGACUCUUUUCCGGUCCUUGCUGUGGCUCGUCACGCUAUCCUUGCCGAAACAAAAGCUGUGGUUUUAUUUUUAAACGCCCACGCCACAAGUGCGCAUAUUAAUGCAGGUGUUUUGAAAUUAAAAUGCAUAUAUUUUGCUUAAAAAAAAAGAAGAAGAAAAGAAAAAGAAAAUUUGACAUUCGUCAAUAAGCAAGUCUCACCUCGGGCAGACCUUUCAUGAUAAAUGUCCCAACCAUGGGAACUCAAACCCUAACAAAUUCUUGACAAAUGCUCGUGGGGCUAUUAACGAUGUAAGAUAGUCCAGAGGACAUAAAUGGGCAUUAUAGCGACUAUUAUAGCUAACUGGAAUAGUCCCUUAGCCAACCUCAGGUGAAGUGUAGAAAACUGUAUGCCCCUAUACAUUGCUUCCUUUGACCUGAUCAAUGCGUUCAACCUGGCUGUAGAGGCAUGGAGACAUGGAGAUUGAAAGCGAGAUCGAUCGUUAAAGCAGCUACAACACUCGCUGGCCUCACGAGUUGUAUGUGCACUAAUCUAAAACGGACGGUGGAAAAAAAUGUUGGCAGUGUAAAACACUCCGCGAAGACACAGAAAACAAAUGCUAGACAGAUGAGAUAGACUCAACUCAGAAACGCCUUUCCGGAGAGCAAAAAAACGCACCGUACCGGGUGACUGACUAGCGAACUUCAAAGGGCCUAUUAAGAAAUCAGAAAUCGCAGGAGCCGUAAGGUUUUAUCUAGAAAAUACAUCUGGGAACGUUUACUUUCAUUUUUUGUUUUCCCAAGACUGAAAAACUUUAGAACACGUGUUAACUCUUAAGACAUUAGUUAACUCUCAAGAAAUUUUCUUAUUAAGAUUGUCGCUAGGCUUCUUUUUGUAAAACUUUCCAUCUUUCGAUCUUGGGAUUUUUAUGCUUCAUUCUUUCUUUUUUCUGACAGAGAUGGAGAAGAAUGGCACAGAUUGCGGAAAACCAUCGCUCCGAAACUCAUGCGCCCAAAGAUUGUUGAAGAAAACAUUCUAAACUUUAAUGCUGUAAGUAAGGACGCUGUAGCAAGGUUUGUCGAACUAAAGGAAGAACAAGAUGAUCACAUUCCUGACUUGGACAAGGAACUAAAUCGAUGGUCUUUAGAAGGUAAGCUUAUAAAACUAGGUUUUGGAGAAGUCGAUGACAGCUGUAGAUGACAUUUGCAUCGUCACUACGCGGUAAAACUGUUAUGUAUAAGAACUAUCGAUAUUUAACAAUUAUUGGAGGAGGUUGAGCAAAAUAUCGUGAUUUGUCUGUGGCGAGUAGACCAAUUAUUUGCCGAAGCCGAAGGCUGAGGCAAAUAAUUGAUCUGCGAGACACUGACAAAUCACGAUAUUUUGCGACAACCGAGUUCAAUAAUUGUUUUAUCAUUCCAUCACCGAGUUUAUUUUUUUUAAUGAAUAUCCUUCGGAAGCGAAGCGAUCUGCCAUUUUCACGCAAGAGCGAUCCAAGAAGGAGAAAAGCAGGGUUUCCCUUACGCAUGAGCAGAAUAUUAUUUGCAGCCAAACACUGUUGGACGGCAUUGCGCAUGAGCAGACAUUAUUUGUAGGCAGUUAUUUGCAGGUCACGUGGUGGGCUCUCAGCUAAUGAAAAGAAAGAAAAAUUAGCUUCGAAUGAUAAUAUUUAUUAUUAUUGUCAUUAGCAUUAGUAUUAUCAUUAUCGUUGUCGUUAUCGUUAUCAUUAUCAUUAUCAUUAUUAUUAUUUUGUCAGGCAAUCACAUGUUGUCUGUUAAAAUCUACUUCUCAAUAAUAAUUGUCUAACGAGAGGCCCGAAUGGGGAUUACGGAGUUAGGAGGAAGAAGAGGAUUUAGUUAUAGACACAGCUGUAAUGCUGUAUAAGGAAAUCACCUAGUUACGCUUGUCAGGUCCUUUCAGGAUUCGAUACGCGUGGCGCAAAUUAACAUAGUGAGUGGCUUCUCCAUCCCUGUGAGGCUAGAGUGCCACACAGAGGGGCCACACUUCCUUCUUGAGCCAGCCUUGUAUAUAUAAACCCUUCGUGUCCUCCUGUAUACCCCAGCUUUAUUAUUCUUGUAAACUGUUGCAGGUGUUGGUACACUAGCAUUUGACACUCGUCUCGGAUUAUAUGAAGAUCCUCCGCCUCAGGUAGCACUGGAAUUCACAGAGGCGGUUAACAACUUCCUUGAACUUGCCCAACAACUUACAUUUAAUAUAUUUAGCAGAAUUGCCUACCAAUACAUAGACACACCAGUCUUUAAGAAGUUUCUUAAGAACGCUGACUUAAUACUGGAAAUCGGACAUAGUUUUGUUGAAAAGAAGAUGAGGGAGCUGAAAGAAAUGGAUGAAAAGGGAGUUGAUCAGGACGACGCUCAAGGUGCGUUAAGGUAUUUUAUUAUUCAUUCAAAAUAUUUCCCCAAUUCUGAUUGGCUAAAAGCACACGCAUAAUUCACCAUAACCAGUAACUGAUGACCAAAUUUGGAAGAAUUUUGUGUUUAACGAGGAAAUGACGUCAAAAAUGCAGCCUUCUACAGGUUAAUGCACCGUUAACCGGGAAGACCUGGGGACGAGAUUGAGUUGUUUUCGUUGUAAAAACUAAAAUGGCGGACACUUCACUCGUUUCAAGAGUAAGAACUACAGCUAGGCGAAAUAAUGGCUAAAAACAUAGCAAAAACAGCAAGAAGACAACUCAGAGGGCGACAUCUGCUGUUUGAAGAAUAUUUGCGGAGCCGGACAAACCUAAACGUAAACUAUCGCAGAUAAACUUAACAUCGAUGUAGGUUAGCUUGUUUUAGCUAUAUUUUUAAAGUAGGAAUUAUUUUGAAUGAAUAAUAAAACAAUUAUUGAAUUCGGCUUUCUUAUCAUAUGAAGAAUUAUGGAGAUCUCGGAGGGUGUUAUCCCUCUCAGCCUACGGCCUCGACGGAUAACACGUACACUCCUCGAUCUCCAUAAUUCUUCAUAAGAUACUCAGCCUCAUUCAUUAAUUGUUAAAUAAGGCCAGAUUGAAAACAUUUCUUCUUGGCUGCUUUACCACUUGUAAAUAAUACUUGUUUUUUGCUGCUUUCUGUCUUUUUUGUUUUGCUUUCUCUUUCUCUUAAUUAUUUAUUCGUUAUAUUUAGUCUGAGGCCCUGUCAACUCGUAUCCGUUUUCAUUUGAAAACGUAACUUUUUCUUUACGGAUACGGCUUCCGUCGACACGUAUCCGAUGAAAACGAUCAAUGAAAAGGGAAUUUUUCGAAAACACUCUCCAGAGUGGAACUUUUUGAAAACGCUGUUUUCCCGUGUACGUGUGGACAGACGAAAACGGAACUUUUCGAAAACGCUGAAGACGCACUAUCAGUUCCAAUCUACUCCGCGCAAUAUUAAAAACUUACUCAAGAUGGCGAACGGGCGCUUCCCUUUAUUUUGUUGUCUUUUGUGCUUCGGCUUAUUUCUAACCUAAUUGCUCGUUUUCAUGCAAAUUUAGCUUUGUUAAUUCCUCAGCUGAUUAUUCCAGGAGGCGGCAGAACCGAUUAUCAGGUUACUUUUGCCACCCGUGUCAAGAGGCAGAAGGCUUGAUCUCCCUUUAGUUUGACUUUGUUGACUUUGAAGAACGUCACAACAAGAAUAUAAACCCACACCAAAGAAAUUCAAAGAUGGCGCCAAUUUAUUAUUUCGCGGGCUCAUAAUAGCGAACACGUAAGCGUCAAGCAUGCGCAGUCGGGUAAGUCAUCGUAUACGUGUGAGCGGGCGAAAAGGAUGCGUAAACGGUACGAGUGGACGCGAUUUUUUUCUGAAAAAGGAGAAAAAAGUUGCGUUUUCAAACGAAUACGGAUACGUGUGGACAGGGCCUUAGGCUAAAGGGACAGGUUGACGGUUAAGCGCAUGCAAUCAAAUUACUUCUUUCCAAUUUAUUAUUAAUUCUAUCGGUUAAUAAUCCCACUCACAUGUAUCUCGGCGAUCUCAGAGUGUAUUUCAAAGCAGAAUUGUAUUUCAGAGUAACUUGAAGUAAGAUGGAGGAGUACUGAAAUCGCAGAAAAAAUUAGUGGAUUCUGCCAACACUACGAACAUUGAAUUUAUUGUUGACCCGAAGGUUUUAUUCCAUGGUUGAUUAAUUUACAGCUAUUUGCAAAUAUUUAAGUUGAUCAAGUGACUGCCAGGGGAGUGUACAGAUUGGUUCUUUGACAACAUUAUGACAUGAUCAUAUUGCUUGCAUAGACGAUACAGCAGUGGCCCGGCAGAAAAACAGCAUUUUGAUAAAUGAGCAUGCGCUGAACCGUGAACCUGUCCCUUAAAUGGGGAGCUCAUAUAAUAAGCCCCAAUUUACGUCUUUUUAAUGUACUUUAACUAACAUUUUUGUAAUAUAUUUAAUGUAUUUCUGUAUGUAUAUGUAUAUUUUUUCUGGAAAAUAAAUAAACUGAAACUUAUCUAAGCACAGAAACAUUCGACCGUCUGUCUUACCAUUUUAUACAGAAUGAAAUGAAGUUGGCAGAAGAGAAAACGAACUUUAUUCGUUGACAAACUGUGGAUCAUUUGGACAUAGCAUUAAGUAUUAAGAGAGAUGUUUUUUUUUCUGUCGAGUUAUCGUGAGAAAUUUUUAUCGUCAAGGAGAGUGGCGUGGGAUAAAUUAACUAUGCAAAAUUUCUUCCUGGUGUACAACAGCUGCCAACAAUGUUGGUUAAAUUUGCUUCUUUGAUUUAGUUGUUCCACUGUUGACAUAUUUACUCAUGAAGGAAGAUCUUACGUUAGAGGAGGUCAGUGGACACGCAAUUGAUGUCGUCGGUGCUGGCGUUGAUACGGUAAGAUUAAUAAUUGUAAUAAUACUGAUGAUAAUGGUAAUGACAAAGAUAAUAACAUUCCAUGCACUGAAGGAAAUCGAAAAGAAAAGCAAGUACAAAGACCUAGGACUGGAAACUUAGAUAUUGUGGCAGAUGGUUAAAAACAUCAAGAAAGUAUCAGGGAGAGCUGCUGUGAAAGAGACCCAUAAGACCUACAUGCUGGGAUCUGCACGAAUCCUCAGGAAGGUGCUUAUAGUGUGUGAACAGACUGAUUGACUUGAGUGACUGAUGCUCCAGGUGCAUGGUUUGCGCCCCGCUGACGUACAAAAAGAACAAUAGCAAAGACUAUGACAAAAAAGCUAAUAUUAAUAAUCAUAAAAAUAAUAAUAGGAAUUAUGGUAAUAAUAAUAUUAUUAAUCAUAAUAAACAUUUCUGGAGAUAUUACUAGUUUUUCGUACACUUCUAAAUGUAAAUUUGGUCUAAAGAAGAUAUAAAAAAAUCAAAAGUAACAAAAAAAAACUUUCGUUUUAGCAAAUCAAAGACAACAAGCACGAACAUUUUCAGUUUCUGAUCUGUUUCAAGAAACCCGUAUGUUAAUAAAUUCAAGAAAACGGCCAUAUUGAAUGAGGUCGCAGUUCCCCAGUGACGCAUAUCACGUUAUUUUUAGACAUACUAUUUUUGGGUAGACUUUUUUGACAGUUACAAAAAGCUUUUCAUUUUUUAUUUUCAUUUAUUGCGGGCGAGAAGAGGAGCCCGCAAUCCUAAUCUCAGGUUGUUAUUACCCAUGCGUUGCAUGCAUGUAUGUAGCAAGCAUUCGUUUGGACUUCCACUAAGAAUGUAUAAAAUGCAUAGAACGCACGCGCGUUUGGACUUUCUAUCUCUCGUUAUCUGAUCACGCGUAUUUUGACCAUCUGUCACGUAAAACGUACGCAAAGCAAGCCGCUGGAGCAAAAGCGGUUUGACCUUCGACCGUUGUCGCCCGCAUUCCGUAACCUUUGGUUGCUACUGGUUUAUUUAUUUAUGCAUUUAUUUUUUUUACAUUUACAUAAUGAGCAACAAAAUUCGAACUCAAGUAGACUGCUAUUUAGUGCGGUUAAUGAAAAAAUAAUAAUAAUAAACAAUUUUUCGUCUUCUUUCUAUGCAGACGUCAUCUUCUACCCUCUGGUGGCUGUAUAACUUAGCACGAUUUCCUGAGGUCCAAGAAAAGCUCUAUCAAGAGAUAGAAAGUGUUUUGGGGAAAGAUGAUGACGUCACACCUCAGCAUCUCGCCAAACUACGCUAUCUCAAGGCGUGCCUUAAGGAGUCCAUGAGGUUAAAUUAGAGAAGAUUAAUUUUGCAAUUGCAUAUUCCUCACUAAGUAUAAUAGACAGGUUUGAUUAAGUAAAGUUUUACUUACGAGUUGAUCGCACGCGUCUACGGAAAAGGUGAACAGGCUUUAUUUUUUUUGAAGACUACCUUGCUCGCGUGCAAUAUUCACCCAAAUACAUAACCAUACUAUGUACUUUUUUUAAGGGAAAUUGAUUGUUCAGUAGUUUAAUUAACAAUUAUUUGCCGAAGGCGAAUCUACUAUUGUAGAAUAAUCCCUUACGAGUCUACAAGCAGCGUCCAGUGUGAAGCAGUUUUGGUUUUCAGAUGAUGCUGGUAGAGCUGGCUCCAUUACGGAAAUUAGGAAGUUCUGGGAUGUUCUUAGCACCCUUGGUCCCGAUUUCGGUUAUUUUCCGAACGACAGGAAAUGCUGGAUCAUCGCAAAACCAGCUAAGGAAGAAAGUGUGAGGGAAGCAUUCAAGGACACGUCCAUUAAUGUAACAGUACAAGGGCAGGGACACCUUGUGGUGGCAAUAGGUUCAAGAAAGUAUUUACAGGAAUAUGUCAGCGAAAAGGUGACCAAUUGGAUCAAUGACAUAGCUAAGUUAGCUGAAUUUGCUCUACCUCAACCACAAGCAUGCUACGCAGCCUACAAGGCCUACACCUUUGGCUUGAAACAUCGGUGGACGUACUUUUCAAGAACUUUGCCGGACAUUCAAGAUCUAUUAGAGCCAUUACAGAAUGCAAUACCUCAUAUGCUCAUUCCUGCGAUUACUGAGCGAAAGUGUAAUCAGCUGGAUAGGAAUAUUCUAGCGCUGCCAGUUCGCUUGGGUGGCCUGGGCCUGGGAAACCCGUCCCUUAAAGCAAAGCGCGAAUAUGCUUCGUCUGUCAAAAUAACAAAGCCCCUUGUUGAACAAAUUGUAUCUCAGUCACAUCAGUUACCAGAGGAUUCCCUCAAAAAAUUAGCACAACAGGAAGUAAGAAGUGAAAGAUUAAAGGAACUCGAACAUAGGGCAGAGCGUAUUUAGGAGAUGGCACCAAGAAAGAUCUAGAUCUAGCCACAGAAAAGGGAUCAUCAGCAUGGCUUACAGUGCUUCCUCUUCAGGAUUUGGGCUUUAACCCGAAUAAGAGGGAGAUCUGUAAUGCUGUGAAACUACGCUACGACUGGCCAGUGGAAGAUAUCCCCUCCACAUGCGCUUGUGGGGAAGCCUUUACGGUUGAUGACUCUAUGAUUUGCAAAAUUAGGAGGCUUUAUUUACUCAACGCCACAACGAGCUAAGAGAUCUUGAAGCUGAAUUUCUGAGUAUGGUGUGCAGCGAUGUCGAGAUCGAGGCAGUCCUCCAAGACAGCUCCGGCGAACAUUUAAACAGGGGAUCUAAUAAAGCGCAGGAUGCAAGGGUAGAUAUCCACGCACGUGAGUUCUGGGAGCGCCUUCGAUCGGCAUUCGUCCAUUUGAGGAUCUGUCACCCUAAUGCUGUAUCGUAUAGGUACCUAGAGCCACAACAAAUUUAUCGUAUCCAUGAGAACGAGAGAAAAAGCGUCUCUACUCAAAGAGAGUUCUUGACAUCGAGCAUGGAAUAUUUUGGUCUUCACCACAACUGGCGGAAUGGGGAAGGAGUGCUUGAUGUAUCAUAGCCGUUUAACACAGCUGAUUGCCAUCAAAAAAGGGGAGAAGUAUACCAAAACCAUCUCAUGGAUCAGAACCAGAACCUCAUGGGCACUCUUGAGACCUGCGUUGGUUUUUCUUGAAGGCUCUAGGGCAAGAAGAAUGCCAUGUGACAUUGGGAAUGUUGAUGAAGGAGCCAUCCGAUAGGACUAUUGAUGUGUUUCCUUACUUUUAAAAUGUUUUUUUAUUGAUCUCUUAAUGUUAAGUUACGCCUUCUUAUCGGGAAAUUGGUACGGAAAGUGAACCGCAGUAGAUUUAUAUCUUGUCUCAUGGAUCAGAAACUUAUCCGUAGUAUUAGAAUCAGCGCAUUGACGUUUAUGUCAUCCGCUGUUACUUUUGACUUGAUUUUUUUAACUCAAUGUUAUUUCUUGAAUUACGAAGAGGUUUUGCCGGAAUUUUGUAUUGAUAUUGACGUUUUCUUUUUAUGAGUAUUUUACUGAAGUUUUGUGUGCAGCUUUUUAUAAGAUUUUAAUAAAGUAUUUUGACAUAUUAAUUAUUAUUAUUAUAACUUCUAUUAUUAUUGUUAUUAUUUUAGACUUACUCCAAGUACUACAGUGAUUGCAAGGAUUUUGGAAGAGGAGGUUGUUUUAUCGGGAUACCUUGUUCCAGCUCAAGUGAGUCUUAGUACUUGGCCCUUACAGAUUCAAAAGUGUGAUUACGCUCAUUUGUUCUUGACUAAUGCUUUUGUCUACCAUCGAAGCAGGCGUCGAAGUGUGUUUCAGGGUUGCACAUGCGUUCCUCGCACCACCAACCCACUAAUGUGCAGGAUAAGAAAUACUCAUGGUAAAAAAUUUUCAAUUUUUCAUUAGCAUAAAUUUUUUUCCAGACUCUCGUAUUUAUGGAUUUAUAUGCCACGACACGCUCAGAAAAGUACUUUAGAGACCCUUUGGAGUUCAAACCAGAGCGCUGGCUAAGAGAAAGUAAAGAGGUUCACCCCUUUUCUCAUCUACAGUUUGGAUUUGGGCCUCGUAUGUGUGUUGGUAAGAAGAGAUAGUAGGGGCUUUAAGAUCCAACGACGCAACGGUAAUGAGAACGUCGCUUAAAAAGUGAAUUUGCGUUCUUUCAGUCUAUAUCGCAAUUAUUCCUACACACUCACUUUGUCAAAUGUAGGCGAACCCUCCUGGAGUUGAAUUCCUAGGCACCAUAUCCAAGUACAGUAAGAGAAAUAAAAUUUCGUCGUUGCUUGUUUACGUCCUCGGUAAAACGCGAAAUUAGGCAUGUUCACGUCGUAGUCUUGCAAAAACGGGCAAAGAAAUGUACAAAAGAGCAUGGUGCACGUGCAAAGUAGUUGUUUUGCUAAUCAAACCUAUUGUUUUUUUGAUGUUCUCGUUACCGUCCGCGUCGUUGGAUCUUAAAGUCCCUAAUAUUCGAUAUAUUUUCUAAUAUGUUCUAUAUGUUCUAGUUGUAAGUGAGAGAUUAAUAUAAUUAUCUUAAGUUCUGAAAAGAGAGCUGAUAUGAAUCUUUAAUCGGUGACAAAUUUAGUAAGGACACUUUGUCCUAAAGGGCCUUUCUGGCCUUUUGCCGACUUCAAAACUGCGACAAAUGUAGCUUUCCCCUCCCCCCUUAAGUAAUGUUAUGCCGCCGCUGUUUGAGAGAAACAAUAAACACCCAAACUUUGAAUGGGGGAAGGGGGAAGCAGAAAGGGGUGCGGAUUGUUUUGAUCUUCGAAGUACUUUAUUUUAAUGACAGUGUCUCAACAAUUUUAUCGCCGAUUGCAGGCUUGACUGAUCACUGAGUCUUGUCCCAUUACGGUACUCAGACGGAAUUAUUACAACUACGAUCAAUACACGCACGAAAAUAACAUGAGAUCAUUUUGGUUUUAGAGAUCUUUUUCUAUAUUAAUGAUAAAGAUGAGUAAAAACCAGUCUUGGAAAACUAUCCAUCUGCCCAUUGUGUCUGCGGCGUUUGCUAGGCAGUAAUCGUUUCUACGCAUCAUCGUAAAUAAUCCCUGCCUUGUGGUUUCCUUUCUAGUUAACAGUGUGAUUGUGUUGUUGUUGUUGUGUUUUUUUACUCUGGGUUGCUUUCGCCCAUGCAGUAAGCCGUGACUUCACUAUUAAAGCGUGGCUCACAUUUCCCUUAGGUCGUCGCGUGGCUGAGUUGGAGAUGUACGUCCUAAUGUGUAAGGUUAGUACUUUUUGAUUUGCAUUUUUUUCAAGCCGUUUGCUUAGUUUUUUUUUUUUUUAAUAUUUACUCAUCCUAGCUCUGACACCUCGACUUAGCGCGACGCGGGAAAAAUAGAUCAGGCGACUAGUUAUUCAAAGUAAGAAGUUCGUUACGCAACUUAUACAUUUGCAAAGUGUCACCACCGGUCACACGUCGAAGUUUAUUAGCCGCAUAUGGAAUACAAAUUGUAAGUCUAUUUGCCCGUCAUCGCUUCAACCGAAAUUGACUUGUGUAGUAACCUUUUUUGCAGUAUUAAUUGAAUUUUCAGUUGACUUCUACUACUACAAGUGCAAAAUAAAUUACUCGACAAUCAGUUAGUGGUGAAAUCUUCAACUUAAAGUAGCCCUUCAAUCACAGGAACGAAACCCUUUUUAAAUGUUAACAAUCACCUCCUAACGCAAACAGGGAGACCGUUCUGUAAAGUUUUGUUUACGUCAAAUACACAUAUAAACAAAGAAAUGUAUAAGAUGUAAUCAAUAACAGCAACAAAAACAACUUAAAACAAUUAAUCUUCCUUCUUCUCCUCCCCCUCCUUCUUCGUCCAGUCCUCUUUGGCUUUUCUCACUGUUUAUUUCUCUUUUUUGCAGUUACUACAGAGAUUUCGCUUCGAGUAUCACCAUGAGCCAGUAGAAUUGCGUCAAAAGUUUUUCUCCGUCCCAGACAAACCGGUUAAGAUUAAGUUUGUCGACCGUUCUUGAAUGUCAAGUCGGCUUCUAUGUUUUGCUAUCAGGCAUAUAUUAUUGCACAUGGAGAAACGUGUUAAGGGCAGUUUCCAGUAACUUCUAGCAACACGAGUGAUAUCGAUUAAUCAUUUGUUAGUAAUUUUGAUCAGCUAGAGCAAAAAAGCCAGCAUAAAAAAUUAUAAUACCAAUGAACGAAUUUUAUUUACACUUAUUUCCUGUGGAAAUUUUACAGCGCUUUCGCAAUAACAGGCG